GUGAGCUACAUGGAGAUAUACUGCGAGCGCGUGAGGGACCUCCUGAACCCCAAGAACAAGGGGAACCUGCGAGUGAGGGAGCAUCCCCUUAUGGGUCCAUACGUUGAGGACCUUUCCAAGCUGGCUGUGACCUCCUACAACGACAUCCAGGACCUCAUGGACUCUGGGAACAAGGCCCGCACGGUGGCUGCCACCAACAUGAACGAGACCAGCAGCCGCUCUCACGCUGUGUUCAACAUCAUCUUCACGCAGAAGCGGCAUGACGCCGAGACAGACAUCACCACUGAGAAGGUCAGCAAAAUCAGCUUGGUGGACUUGGCAGGGAGUGAGCGAGCCGACUCCACUGGUGCGAAGGGCACAAGACUAAAGGAAGGAGCAAACAUCAACAAGUCCUUGACCACGCUGGGAAAAGUCAUCUCUGCCCUGGCCGAAAUGGAUUCGGGGCCGAACAAGAACAAAAAGAAGAAGAAGACGGAUUUCAUCCCCUACCGGGACUCGGUGCUGACCUGGCUGCUGCGGGAGAACCUGGGGGGAAACUCCAGGACAGCCAUGGUCGCUGCUCUCAGUCCUGCUGACAUCAACUACGAUGAGACUCUCAGCACCCUCAGGUACGCCGACCGUGCCAAGCAGAUCCGCUGCAACGCCGUCAUCAACGAGGACCCCAACAACAAGCUCAUCCGGGAGCUGAAAGAUGAGGUGGCACGCCUGCGUGACCUUCUCUACGCCCAGGGCCUCGGGGACAUCAUCGACACCCAUCCAGCUGCGGGAGGAUCCAAAUUGACCAACGCCAUCGCUGGGAUCAGCCCCUCUUCCUCCCUGUCAGCCUUGUCCAGCCGCGCCGCCUCCGUCGCCAGCCUCCACGAGCGCAUCAUGUUUGCUCCAGGCAGCGAAGAGGCGAUCGAAAGGCUCAAGGAAACGGAGAAGAUCAUUGCAGAGCUGAACGAGACGUGGGAGGAAAAGCUGCGGAGGACGGAAGCAAUCCGGAUGGAGAGGGAGGCGUUGCUGGCCGAAAUGGGGGUAGCCAUGAGGGAGGACGGAGGCACCUUGGGUGUUUUCUCUCCUAAAAAGACGCCGCACUUGGUCAACCUGAACGAGGACCCGCUCAUGUCCGAGUGUCUUCUCUACUACAUCAAAGAUGGGAUAACAAGGGUUGGCCGAGAAGAUGCAGAGAAGAGGCAGGACAUUGUUCUCAGCGGACAUUUCAUUAAGGAAGAGCACUGCCUUUUCCGCAGCGACACCAAAACCGGCGGUGAAGUAAUAGUGACCCUGGAGCCCUGUGAAGGCGCUGACACCUACGUGAAUGGCAAAAAGGUGAUGGAGCCCAGCAUCCUGCGUUCAGGAAACCGCAUCAUCAUGGGGAAGAGCCACGUCUUCCGCUUCAACCACCCUGAGCAGGCUCGGCAGGGGCGGGGGCGGGCCCCCUGGCUGGGCGAGCGGGGGCGGCCCCCAUGCGCCGAGCCCCCUGCCGAGCCCGUGGACUGGGCUUUUGCCCAAAGAGAGCUGCUGGAGAAACAGGGCAUCGACAUGAAGCAGGAGAUGGAGCAGCGGCUUCAGGAACUGGAGGACCAGUACCGGAGGGAGCGGGAGGAGGCGAAUUACCUUCUCGAGCAGCAGAGGCUGGACUACGAGAGCAAAUUGGAGGCUUUGCAGAAGCAGAUGGACUCUAGGUAUUACCCUGAGGCAAACGAGGAAGAGGAAGAACCUGAGGAUGAAGUGCAGUGGACGGAGCGGGAGUUUGAGCUGGCCCUCUGGGCCUUUCGGAAGUGGAAGUGGUAUCAGUUCACCUCCCUCCGUGACCUGCUCUGGGGCAAUGCCAUCUUCCUCAAGGAAGCCAACGCCAUCAGCGUGGAGCUGAAGAAGAAGGUCCAGUUCCAGUUUGUGCUCCUCACGGACACGCUGUACUCGCCUCUCCCUCCCGACCUGCUGCCUCCCGAUGCCGCCAAGGACCGGGAGAAGCGGCCGUUCCCCCGGACCAUUGUGGCCGUAGAGGUGCAGGACCAGAAGAACGGGGCAACGCAUUACUGGACCCUGGAGAAGCUGAGGCAACGCCUGGACCUGAUGCGUGAAAUGUAUGACCGUGCAGCAGAAGUGCCUUCUAGCGUCAUCGAGGACUGCGACAACGUGGUGACCGGCGGAGAUCCUUUCUAUGACCGCUUCCCCUGGUUCAGGCUGGUCGGCAGUUCAGAUAUCUCUGGCUGCAACAGCUCUCCUCUUUUCAACACAUGCAUGAGCGAGCGCAUGGCUGAUCUCACCCCCUCCCCUACCUUCUCGAACCCCGACUCCGAC